AGCGUCUUCGCGCGUUGAGUGACAAGAUGGACCCCAAAGUGACCAAACCCGUACUCGCACCGUACCAGUAUGCGGCUUUCCAACGAAGCGCAAGCGGCGAGUACAAAGACUGGCCCGCAAGGUUGGAUGAGAUUCUUCUCAGUCAGGAGGGAGUAGCGCGCGCUGCGGAGAAGACUGGGAAGAGGUUUCGGUGGGCCUUCCAGGAUCUUCUUUGGACGAUUCGCAUCUGUUUCACGCAUUGGCACAGUUGGGAUGACGAGGGACUGGAGGAGUUGCUUUGGGCGUCCGUGGAUGCCUCUUCAUCAGGCUCCGGCAAGAACAUGCAAUUAACGGAUAUGAUCCAAAAUCACACUGACGGGGACCUCUAUUUUGCGCUCACUCAGUAUUUUUACUCCCGCUUUCCUGAUUUGGAUAAGGACGUUCGCGGCGCUCUGCGGGAGGCCAAAGCGUUGCAAAAGGCGAGCAAGAAUCGCUCCGGCGAAGAAGCGGCAGCCGCUGAUGCCACCUGUGCAGAAUUGGUCAAUUGGGAAAACUGGUUCGACAAUCCAUUUAUGCAUCAAUUCGCCCGCAAAGACGAUGUCACUAGCUUGAAGGACAUCAUAGCCACUGUUGACUUCUUCAUCGUCGGAUACGUCGACUCUAAGAGGCGCACGUGUGCAGAAGUGGCGCCACAAGGUGGAGCAGCGCAACGUUUUUUGAACGACGUGCAAGCGAAAAUCAACAAGGCCGGAAAACAAAAGCAAAAGAAAUGCUCUGCUGGACGAGAGGUUCUGUCUGAGGUGCAAACUCGGCAUUUACUUCUAACGGAAAUCGCCGACCGUACAACGACCAUCCAGUCACCCGGCUGCGAAAGCCACGGAAGAAAUGCGACCACAACGAGCAGGCGGGCUACGAUGCGAGCCGUGUCAGCGGACAACGACUCCGACGACAGUGCGGCUUCCGCUGUGACCGUUCCUAGACGCGACUGCUUUGUCAACACGGGCGCCACCUCCCAAUCCUCUGGCAAUGGGGAGGGUAAUGCGCAAGAAGCGUCGCUUGAGACGCGCGUGAUGCGUUUUUUGAUCGAACAGAAAGACGAGGCCUUUGACGCACUUGAAGUACGUCGUGCAUUGGAUAUGAAACCUCCAGCCAGUGCUUACAAGGCGAUAUUGACUAAAUUAGUCGAAAGACAACGGGUAAUCAAGCUUCCCCCACUUGCCGGAUCACGACCCCGCUAUCAGCCUCUUAGGUCACCCACUAGUUGUGUCCCGGGAUAUUCAAGACUAGUCGAGCAGACCCUCUCAAGACUGCCUCCAGCAGACGCAAAGCUGGGCGGUGAGAUACUGGAUCACCUACGGAGCGCAGCCCCGCCUGGAGGUGACAAUUGGUUAUUGGCACUGGAUCUUUCAAGGAAACUGGGCAUAGAGAAAAAAGCCGCCAACCGUGUGGUCUACAAGCUUUACGAGUUAAAUAGCGUUGACCGCUACGAGCAAGGACCGAAAAAGCUAUACAGAAGCCUAUGGUAACUGUCCCGGAGUUAUCAUCCCAUGAUACGAGGGGAGCAACGGAAAGGAUGCUCAGACGAUUCUUGGACGGUCUUUAUGAUUAUCGCAGUCGAAUGAAUGUGAUGCGGAGUCAGCUCAUGCGCUUCCGAGAAGUUCUUCGACGAUCACCGAUAGGCGACGGAGUUUCUGACUUGUCUACGGCGGAAGCCAGCACUGUGCGAGUUGCAGUCCAAAAAUCACUUCGACUCCCAGACUCCUACCAUGUCCUUGCAAUGUUGAUAAAAUAUUUCUCAUUACCCUAGAUCCUGCUUUCUGAGCUCCAGCAAGCAGUAUUGAAGCUGCCGAUGGACAGCAACCGAAAGUCCCCUUAUUCGCCCCAAGAUGUAAGAAGAAAGAGCAGUACUGUUGACUCUAUGGCGAAGGUUAUUCAGUAGAAAUGAUCAGCACUUCCUUCAGAUCUCGCACUCGCUGCUCCCGAAUCGAUACCAAUGUGAAGAAUUUCAGUUCUACGAAUAAACAAACCUUCAGCAUAGUUCUUCGUGUGCUGGUCUGACAAUGUGUGAAUACAAAAAAACUGGCGCAC